UCCCUUCGAUCUAGUAAUUCUAUUUCAAUAUGAUCAUCAACUUCAUGUAUAUAUAACCUCUAAUGUUAUGAUCUUUUACUUCCCUUACAACAAACAAACCAAGGACAACCUCGGUUUGAAAGAUCUUGGGUGCAAGCCGCCAUGGGUGACUCUUCCGCAUCGUAUAUUCAUAUGGUGCAUCAUCUCAUAGAGAAGUGUUUGAUCUUUAACAUGAGUAAAGAGGAAUGCAUUGAAGCCUUGUCUAAACAUGCAAAGAUUGAACCGGUCAUCACUUCAACUGUGUGGAACGAGCUGGAAAAGGAGAACAAGAGAUUCUUCGAGGCCUACUCCCAACAUCAAGGGAAAGAAGACAAGAUGUCGGAGGCUGAGACUAACGAGUUGAUCAUGAAGAUGAUAACCGAAUCAUCCAAAGAUCUAGACAAGUAAUGCAUGCACCCCUAUUGAUGCCCUAAGAGAACAUAAAAGUCCCAAAUUGAUCCUAGCUCAAGUCUCAAUAUGGGGUAGCUAGAAAAUGAUUAUCAUAAUAAUCAUGAAAGAAAUUGAUCAUUGUUUUCAGAACUAAUUGUCAUAUAUAUAUAAUAUAGAUAGAUUAUUAAUGCAUGCAAUAUUAAUAUAUAUGCAAGGACGGACGAGGUACUCAUGUUGUGGUCCUUCCUCAAAUGAUUCUAUGUUUUCUGCUAAAACUAAAAAAAAUACAAUCAUGUGUGGGUGGGUGAAUAUAUGUAUAUAAUAAGCUGUUGCAGCUAUCAAUCGGUCACCAUAGAAGGCCCCAUAAAGCAUAAUUUGUGCCGAUGGGUAUGGGAGGGAGAUCGAGCAGUGACAAAGGGAUCCAAUGUAAUUUGGAGUUAAAAUUUGUGUCUUCUUCUUCUUGUGGAUGCGCGCCAUGUUUGUUUUCUUGCUAACAAUAAAUGAAGUUGUGGGAGUGGGCACCACCUAAUUUGUAUAAAUAAUUGGUAUCAUCUUUAUGUGUUUU